ACAGAGCAUUUCCUGUGCCUUUCCGUUAUUUCACAAGCUGCUUCUUAGUCUCCCUCUGGGCUCCAGGACAGACAGCUGCUUCUCCCCUCAGAAGCCAGACAGUUGCCUCCAGCCUCUCCUGGUCAAUGCCAUGGCCAAGACCCGUAGUGACCAUCUGCUGUACUCCCUGGAAGAGCUGGUGCCCUAUGACUUUGAGAAGUUCAAGUUCAAGCUGCAGAACACCAGCCUGGAGAAGGAGCACUCCCGGAUUCCCCGGGGCCAACUCCAGACAGCCAAGCCAGUGAAGCUGGCCACUCUGCUGGUCACCCACUAUGGGGAGGAGGACGCCGUGCGGCUGACCCUGCAGGUCCUGAGGGCCAUCAACCAGCACCUUCUGGCAGAGGAGCUCAACGGUGCAAUCGGCCCAGGGUGUCAGGUAAAAGAAAGUGACACAGACAGUUCAGCAAUGUCUGGUUCCUCUGGGGAGAAGCCCAAGAGUCUGAAGAUACCAGAUGGCCUGGAAGGUGACAAGCAGCGACAAAGUGGUGAUGGGGCUGGCUGCCCACCAUCCAUCCAGCCCGAGGCUGGAAGGGGGCCCCAGAAGAAGCCUCUGGGCAAACAGAGAGAUCAGAAAGGCUCUGAGCGCCUGGAUGUGCAGGGCAAGCCAGGGGCCAGGAACACAACUCUGUCUUCCAAGAGAAGCCCCUUUCCCAGCAAGCCACAGGGGGAGAAGGGGAGCAAUGUGGGGGUCAGGCUGCGCAGGAACGCCAGCUCUGCAGGAAGGCUCCAAGGACUCUCCAGUGGGUCGUUUGCUGGGUCCCUGGGAAGGAGAGAAUUUAAGAUAUCUGAAGCAUAUUUACCUUCAGGAAAGAAGCGACCCAAAAGUCUUGAAUUUACCAUUUCUUCAGGAGAGACAGAACCUCUCAACCCAGAAACUCUUAUGCUUCAAGAGAAAAUGAGAUGUGAGAAUCCAGGCUCAGCAGCCACUCUGAACACAGGGGCUACUGUGGCUGCAGAGAAAGGAUCCAGGAAGCCAGAACACGCCAUGACUCUGGAGGGGGUAGCACUCAGGAAUACACUUUCCAGUGUAUCGUUGGCUGGAAAGAAGAUCUGGGAGCAUCCAGAGUCCACAGUACCUGCAGAGAAGAGUGGAACUGAGGCUCCAAAGACCUCUAAGGCCUUGGAGGAGGUGGUAGGUGGUGUGCUCCAUGAUCCUUCAAAUCCAGAAGUCCCUCCAUCUUCAGGGAGACUGCAGGACAAGGCUGUGUGUCCCCUUUGCUGUGCCCAGGAAGGAGACCCGGUUGGUGGCAGCUGCGUGCAUGUUUCCUGCAGCUGCCCCGUUGCUUCUAGGGAUCCUGAGGUCUCACGUGGCUACUCAUCCAGCUGCCCUCAGUGCCAGGACUUGCUCCCGGGGAAGAGCCAUGGAAGCCUCGAGUGGCAGGAGGGCCUGCAGAUGGCCAGCCUGAGCCCCAAGUCCCUGCCACAGUGUGAGCGUCACAUGAAGCAGGUCCAGCUGCUCUUCUGCGAGGACCACGGGGAACCCAUCUGCCUCAUCUGCGGGCUGAGUCAGGAGCACCGAGGCCACCGGGUUCGCCCCAUCGAGGAGGCCGCCCUGGAAUACAAGAAACAAAUUCAGAAGCAGCUGGAGCAUCUGAAGGAGUUGAGAAAAUCUGGAGAGGAGCAGAGAUCUCAGGGGGAUAAGAAGACAGCAAACUUCCUGAAACAAGCUGAAACCCAGAAGCAGAGAAUCCAGUACCAGUUGGAGCAGUUAUGCCAGUUUUUAGAGCAGCAAGAGCAGCUCUUUGUGGCCUGUCUGGAGGAGCUGGGCCAGACCAUUGGCCAAGUCAGGGAGACAUAUGGCACCCGGGUGACAGGGGACAUCGCCCUUCUCGACAAGCUGAUUGGGGAGCUGGAGGCCAAGCAGUGCCAGCCAGAAUGGGAGCUUAUGAAGGACGUCAGAGUCACCCUGCACAGGGCCAAGAAGGUGACUGUCCCUAAGCUGUGGGCCACCCCUCCAGAGGUGAAAGAAAAGAUCCACCUGCUCUACCAGAAAUCAGAGUUUGUGGAGAAGCGCAUGAGGCACUUCUUGGAAACCCUGCGUUCAGAAAUGGAAAUGUUCAACGUUCCAGAAGUGACUGGUGAUCAGGCACCCUGAGGCAAGUAGACCUGGCCUGCUGGGUCCCUGUGCUGUCCCCCAGUACAUUCCAGAAGAAUGAGCCUGUCCACGUUUCUUGGAUGUGGGGAGAACCCUGUGGGGAUGUUGCCCAUGGACCUCAAGCUAGGAAUUCUAAUUCUCUCUGCAGUUAAUGUGAUUCUGGAAGCAGAAGCUGCCCACCCCAACCUCAUCUUUCAUCUUCUCUGAUGACUUGAAGAGUGUGAGACUUGGAAAAAAAGUGGGACCGUCUACCUGCUAGUCCAGAAAGAUUCUAUAGCUGAAUCAUUGCCCUGGGCUCUCUGAGUUUGCUCUCUAGCUGCCAUUACUGAGAAGUGAAGGUGGGAGACAAGACAGGGUGGGUCCUGGGUGUCUGGAAGGCAGCCACGAGCAGCAAGGAGAAUAUGGCUCUCUCACCAGAGAAUAGUUAUUGGGUAGAAAUGAUGAUGAAGUAAAAUGAGUGCCAGGCGUCCAACUUUCCCUCCACCCGGAUGAGGGAGCCCCCCAGGCAUGUGGGCAUCUUCCUGAACUACAAGACUGGGGACAUUUCCUUUUACACUGUGACAGCCAAAUCCCACAUCUCAACAUCCAUUGGCUUCUUUUCCUCUGGGCCCCUUCAACCUAUCUUCAGCCCCAGGACACAUGAUGGAGAGAACAUGGAUCCUCUGAAUAUCCGUCCAGUGGGUGGCCAGGGGCCUCACUGAAUAUCCAACACUUUGCAUCUUUCUUCAGGCUCCUGCCCUGUAUCUUGAAUCCAUACAUUCAACAGUCAUUAUUGAACACCUACUGGGUUCCAGCUGCUGUGGGGAAUAUAAUCAAUAAGAGAAUAGGCCCUGUGCUCAAGGAGCUUAUGGAAUAGAAGCAGAAGUAAGCUGGGUAAACAAAUAUUGGUAAACCAAGGGUAAAGAGAACACAUGUAUUGAUGACAUGCCAUGGAUUUCAGAGAAGGAAGCACACAGCUGUUGCUUAAUAAAUCCUUGUAUGAAUUAGCACUCUAAGAUGCUUCUGAGACAGAGAGCCCACCCUCGUUUUCCCUCAGGACUCCAUGGCAAGGAUGUGUUCCCUCAUUCUAUCCUCCCUUUUGUUUUUUAUAAAUAAAAUUAUUUAUGAAUAAUAACAUCA